AUUAACCCAACCAAGCCGGCAGAGGCCGCCGUGCCAAGCAAGCUGCCGCAGCAGAUCUUUACCCUUCCUUCCGCAAACACCCGCCGCCGCCGCCGCCGCCGAUCGAGCCGCGCGCCAUGGAGGACGUCGUCACCGACGUUCCGCCGCCGUCCCGCUUCUCCCCCGAAGACCUCGACAACUUCGCCGCGCCGCCACCGCAGCCCACCCCCAUCCUCGUCGUCUCCCCCAGCCCCAGCCCGCCCGCCCCGCGCCUCCUCAUCGUCCUCAUCUCCCCCACCUCCCUCGCGCUCCUCGCCUCCCCGCCCCCGCUCCACGCGUCCCUCCUCCUCCCCGACCUGCCCCUGCAGCCCCACGCGCCGAUCCGCGUCUACCUCCACCCCUCCGGCGCGCUCCUCGCCGCCGCGCACGGCGCCGUCCCCGCCCACCGCGCGCGCGCCGCCGCCAAGGCCCUCGUCUCCAAGCUCCAGCCGGAGGAGGUGCUGGUCCUGGACGCUGUCCGCAGCGCGUCGUACAGGGGCCGGCUCGCGGCCGACGAGCCCGUGGAGGGGAAACUGGAGACCCGCGCGGCGCGCGCGCGAGGAGGCGUGGGCGCGGCCAGGGGCGUGGCGGCGCUGGCCCCGCCGGGGAGCGUGGUGGACGGGCUCGGCGCGGCGGUGCUCGCGGAGUGCGAGAUCCGGGGCAAGGCGGCCAGCAUGGUGGUGACGUGGCCGGCGGGCGCGAGGCCCGCGGAGUUCGCGGUCAUGCGGCGCGUGGCGGCGGAGCUCGGCGUCGACACCAACAAGAUCGCCGCCAGGGUCUCCGGCCGGGCCGAGCUGGAUGCGUUGUACACUUGAGAAUUGAGAUGUUCUCUGCUACUGCUUCCAAUUUCGUUGGCUGUACUGUCUGACGAAUUGGGUUUCUGGCAUUUUGGGGGAGAAAUCUGAGAUGUAUCGGGCGAGUUGGUUUUGUGAUUUGGUAUACGAUGAAUCUUCGAAAUGCGGAUGAACAAAUUCUGAUCUCAAUUGUGUCAUCGCUGCAGUAGUGUACUGAGUCGGAAGCUGCCUUGCUUUGAUUGUACCAUGAGAAUGAAUUAAGCUAGUCCCUGUUUGCCACUUGAGUUCUGAUGAAUGUUCAGUGAAGGCUUGCUGGACUUCCCUUCCGCACUAAUAGAAUGGGUCUCUGUCUUGCGUGUU